ACUUGCUAGAAAGACUUUAACAAACCUCUGUGUUCAAUGACGCAAGAGAGCACAGUGGCCGAUCGGAGCUGCAGUGAUGUGCAACAACUAAAACCAAGAGUGAACAGUUCCGAGUUUUGACAAAAUGCCACCUUCUUCAAACAGAUGAGGAAUAAGCGACCGAAAUGCCCGGGUUUGCACUUAUGCUGUCGGUUAUCAUUUUUUUUUUAACUUUGUGUUUUCCGCGCAUUAUCCAGAUUAUCUGUCCGUAGUCGAAAUUACGACUCCAGUAACUGAUUGAUCCACGCUUCUCAUUCAUAUUUCACGGUAUGACAUGUAGAUAAUCAUCCGAUACUUUGAUGGGGCUCCUGAGGAUCAUGAUGCCACCCAAGUUCCAGCUCCUGGCAGUUCUGGCGUUUGGAGUGGCGAUGCUUUUUAUUGAGAACCAGAUUAAAAAGCUGGACGAGUCUCGGGCAAAAUUGGAGCGCAACAUGGCCAGACAUGAGGAGCAGAGACAGACGCGGGACAGCCUACGGGACUCUCCAGCAUUGGCUGAUGGUGACGAUCUGGUUAUCAUCUAUAACCGGGUGCCCAAGACUGCAAGCACCUCCUUCACCAACAUCGCAUAUGACUUGUGUGGGAAGAACCGCUUUCAUGUUCUCCACAUUAACACAACCAAAAACAACCCAGUCAUGUCCCUACAGGACCAGAUGAGGUUUGUAAGGAAUGUGACAUCCUGGCGGGAAAUGAAACCAGGUUUCUACCAUGGCCAUGUUGCCUACCUGGACUUCUCAAAGUUUGGGCUUAAGGGGAAGCCAGUUUAUAUCAACAUUGUACGGGACCCCAUUGAGAGGUUGGUGUCAUACUACUACUUUCUGAGGUUUGGAGAUGAUUACCGGCCAGGUCUCAGACGGCGAAAGCAGGGGGACAAAAAGACAUUUGAUGAGUGUGUGUCUUCCGGAGGUUCUGAUUGCGCUCCUGAGAAGCUUUGGUUACAGAUCCCGUUCUUCUGUGGCCAUUACUCUGAGUGCUGGAAUGUUGGCAGCAGGUGGGCUCUGGAACAGGCCAAGUAUAAUUUGGUGAACGAGUAUCUGCUGGUGGGAGUGACAGAGGAGCUGGAGGACUUUAUAAUGAUGCUUGAGGCAGCGCUGCCACGUUUCUUCAGAGGAGCAACAGAACUCUACCGCACAGGUAAGAAAUCUCACUUGAGGAAAACAAGCGAGAAGAAACCGGCAACUAAAGAGUCCGUCUCAAAACUGCAGCAGUCCAACAUAUGGAAGAUGGAGAACGAGUUCUACGAGUUUGCACUGGAGCAGUUUCAGUUUGUGCGUGCUCACAGCGUCAGGGAAAAAGACGGAGAGCUCUUUCUGCUGGCACAGAACUUUUUUUACGAGAAGAUCUAUCCUAAAGUAAACUAGAGUAGACAUUGUGUAAUAGUGUGGCUCAAAGCGAAUUAUAAAGUUGUGUCCUUCGGCCUGUUUAAUUACUGUUCAGUCACAUGCAUUGUGAAGAGAAGAAGAGCAUGUCUAGAACAUGGUCACAAAUGCCUGUAAGUCCUUAAGGGACAGAGGUUUUUAGACCGUGUCCUCCUCCUGGCUUCCAGUGUGCUUUGAGAUACUCAACAGCUUCUCGCAGUGCAGACAAGUGAGACUGUGUCAAGCCACUUUGAGUCCAGAAAUGCUUAAUGCACUUCCAUACAACAGUGAAGACACUUGAAAAAUAAUGAAAGACAAAAACGGGUUGUUUCACGUAGUUUAUCAUGCCUUCAAAAAUAAAAUGUCAGAAACUGUUUGGUCAUCUGUCACUGUUGUGAAUGGUACAUUUGGAACAGGGUUAAAAGUGUACUGCUUUUUGUACCAGACAUUUGGUACAUUAGGAGCGCCUCCUUAUUUUACUACUAACUGUGUUUUUGUGAAUUUAUAACACUUUCUGCAUUGUGUAUAUUAAUUUUGAAUAGAAUUCCAUGAAGUGUUUACAGACUUUAGUAAAGGUAUUGUAGCCAGAGGAUACAAAGUAGUCAAACAGAUGUCAUAUCUGUACAAAUUGUAUUUACAUAUAUAUAUAUAUAUAUAUAUAUAUAUAUAUAUAUAUAUAUAUAUAUAUAUAUGUAAUUGGACCAAAUAGUUGCAAAAAAACAUUUUGGGGGGAUCUCACUGGUAUUUUCUUUAUUUCUAUUAUUUCUUUUCUAUUGAUCUUUUUUUCAUCAGUUACUAGGCAUAGGACUGUGAAGUAAACUGUAAACUCUGAAGAAGUUUGAUUAGGCCUCCUUUAUCAUGUUUAUACCUGUUUCUGCAAGUGUGAGUCAGAUUUACAAAUACUAAAACUAUGACAUGGUUCAAAAUGGGUUUCUUGAGCAGUAACUACUGAUAUAAUUUUGUACCUCAGUAUAAUCUCAAGUUAAUUGGUCUCUACAGACUACUGACCUCUCAGCGCUCAUAAAUAGUCCUCCUGUGUAUUGAUUAUACCUGGACUUUAUACAAUUUUUGCUGUAGUGUGUUUUACCAGAAGACCCUGCAAGGAAGUCAUCUCUAUAUCUGUCUUUGUCUCUGAAUGUCUUUUGGGUCACAGGGUUCAGUUGUGAAUGAAAAGAUCAAGGCUCCAAACCAACAUUAACGGUACACAAAAUAGUGCCUUCAUUAAAAAAAAAAAAAAAACUUUCAUCACACGCCCUGGUUUUAGCAAGUGUUCAUAUGUUAAAAACAAUGUCUGAAUUUUUUUUUAAAUGCUAAUUUUUCUUUUUUGUAUUCUGUAUUUAGGUUGUUUCCAAUUUGUCUUAAAUCAUUUCAAAUAAACAUUACUGUGUGUGAGAAAAUGUUUAUCAGAAUCCUCGACACUGAAGUUUUCAAACAGACACCUAUAAUCCUGUCAAAUGUAGGAUAGCUGGAUACAAUUGACAGAUAAAACUCAUGUUAAAUAGAAUUCAUUUUAAAGGAGAAUUUCACCCAAAAAUAUAGAUUUUUGUCACUAUUUACUCACUCGUUUAAUUCCAAACCCGUGACUUUUUUUUCUCUCCGGAAAUCAAAGGAUAUCUUUUUAAGAAUGUUGCAAUUGCUGAUGUCACUUAAACUUUUCACUUUGAUUCUUUCAUUUAAAACUUACCCAAAGUGUCAUAAGAG